AAAAUACGCUUGUCCUGUGCGAGGCUGCGGCAAACGCUUUCGAAGCAGUUCCGGUUUUAUAGUCACCGGGAUGCCCAUUCGGAAACCAAAACCACCUGUCCUGUGCCAGGCUGCGGCAGACGCUUUCGAAGCAGUUCCGGUCUUUACAAUCACCGGGAUGCCCAUUUGGAAACCGAAAGACACGCCUGUCAUGUGCCAGGCUGCGGCAGAAGCUUUCGAAGCAGAUCCAGUUAUUAUUAUCACAAGAAGUUUCAUUCUGAAAUUAAAAAGGACGCCUGUACUAAGCCGGGUGCUACGGACCAGAAAAAAAAAUGCAUUUUGGAAUGUUGUUAUGUAAGGACAUGCUCAUUUACCAUCAUGUGGGUUUUCUUCUAUUAG